UCUUUGGAGAACUGCCAUGAACAACACUGCCAUGUACACUCUUCAACACUGCCAUGUACAAAGCUACUCUAAAAGAGACUAUUUUGGGUCACAUUAAGAAAUGUUUAAGCCAAAAAUCACUGGAAUCGGUCUACGCCUCCAUGAUCAAGACUAAUACAAUCCAAGAUUGUUUUUUGAUGAAUCAAUUCAUAAGUUCAUGUUCCACCCUUUCUUAUUUUGAUUUCGCAAGUUCAGCUUUUGCCCAAAUGGAAAAUCCUAAUGCUUUCGUGUAUAAUGCAUUGAUUAGAGGUUGUGGUCGUUGCUGUUACCCAGAUCAUGCUUUGGGGUUUUAUAUACACAUGUGUAGGAACAAUGUCAUGCCUAACAGUUAUUCCUUUUCUUCUUUGAUCAAGGCUUGCACUUUGUUGAUGGAUUCAGUUUUUGGCAAAGCUGUUCAUGGCCAUAUCUGGAAACAUGGGUUUGAUUCUCAUAUGUUUGUGCAGACUACUUUGGUUGAGUUUUACUCAACUCUGGGUGAUGUGAGUGGCUCACGAAGGGUGUUCGAUGAUAUGUCUGAAAGAGAUGUUUUUGCUUGGACCACGAUGAUUUCAGCCCUUGUUCGGGAUGGGGACAUGGCUUCUGCAGGUAAUUUGUUUGAUGAGAUGCCUGAAAAGAAUAUAGCUACGUGGAAUGUCAUGAUUGAUGGUCAUGCAAAAUUAGGCAAUACUGAGUCUGCUGAAUUUCUGUUUAACCAAAUGCUUGCAAGGGAUAUUAUUUCGUGGACAACCAUGAUGAAUUGCUAUUCUCGAAACAAAAGGUACACGGAUGUGAUAAGAUUUUUUCAUGACAUGGUCGACAAAGGAAUGAUGCCUGAUGAAGUGACCAUGAGCACUGUCAUUUCAGCCUGUGCUCAUCUAGGAGCCCUUGACAUAGGAAAGGAGGUGCACCUUUAUCUGAUGCUGCAUGAAUUUGAUCUAGAUGUGUACAUUGGGUCCUCACUGAUUGAUAUGUAUGCAAAAUGUGGGAGCAUAGAUAGGUCCCUUUUGGUGUUCUAUAAAUUGCAGAACAAAAACCUGUUUUGUUGGAAUUCUAUCAUUGAUGGACUUGCAACUCACGGCUAUGCCAAAGAAGCACUGAGAAUGUUUGAUGGGAUGCAGAGGGAGAGAAUCCGACCAAAUGCAGUUACAUUCAUUAGUAUCCUAAGUGCUUGCACACAUGCAGGAUUUGUAGAAGAGGGUCGUUGCAGGUUUUUGAGCAUGAUCAAGGACUACAGUAUCACUCCUCAAGUUGAACACUAUGGAUGCAUGGUUGACCUAUUGAGCAAGGCUGGUUUACUAAAGGAUGCUUUAGAGAUGGUGAGAAACAUGAGAGUUGAACCUAAUGCUUUUAUUUGGGGUGCCUUGUUGAAUGGUUGUAAGCUACACAAAGACUUGGAAAUAGCUGAUAUUGCAGUUCAGAAUCUGAUGCUGUUGGAGCCAGGUAACAGUGGACUUUACAGUCUCCUUGUGAGCAUGUAUGCCGAAGUAAAUAGGUGGAGUGAGGUAGCAAAGAUUCGGACAGCCAUGAAAGAUCUGGGUGUAGAGAAGAGAUCUCCUGGAGCUAGCUGGGUUGAAAUCAAUAAGAGGGUUCAUGUAUUUGCAGCUUCUGAUACGUAUCAUGCUUCUUAUAGUCAGGUUCAUUUGUUGCUGCUUCAACUGGAUGACCAACUAAGACUAGCGGGCUAUGUCCCUGAAUUGGAAUCUAUUUUAUAGUGAUGCAAGAAAGAUUGAGAUUAUAAUGAAAGAAAAUGAUACAUUUGUUGAGUGGUGAUAGCAGAAUAUUAAAAGGUGCAAAGUCAAUAGAACAUGCCUUUUGGAAGCCAUCAAGGAUCGCCAUCAUCAUAAUAUUGGUUCAUCUCCUCCCUGCUUCAUACUUCUUUAAUGAAUUCACCUGCAGCAGCUUAAACAAAGAAAUAGUCACAUCAAGUUUAUACACAAACAAAUUAGUACUUUCAAAGUUACUCAAAUUUUGCUGAACUUAGAUAUUAAUAACUUUUUACAAAUAUUAAAUGUUAAGUGAUAUAACUGUUGAUUAGGGUAUUA